AUGAUUCCACGUUGAAAUCCCGAGUAGAAUAAAUAAAUCGAAAAAUCGUGGGAUGACCCUGAUGUGCUUGUUUUCCUCGGUAAGAGUUGCAUUGUUGUACCAGCAGGAACUAUGUUUCAUCCUCCUCCUCCGUUUCUUCAUAAUCCUCCUCAGAAGGGACAUCGUCGAUCGUGAUAAUCGAAUUCGUGUUGUACGUGGUGAUCACAUCCAGAGUCGAUACGAUUUCGUGAUAAUCGGUGGGGGUUCUGCUGGUUGUGUCCUAGCUAAUCGCCUGUCUGAGAAUAAUAAUUGGACGGUACUCUUACUGGAAGCUGGGGGAGAUGAGACUAUUCUCUCUGAUGUGCCAUUUUUCUUUCCCACUUUUCAACAUACUGCUCUUGAUUGGCAAUUCAAGACUGAGGCUUCGGAUAAUUACUGCAGGGGGAUGAAUCAGGGUCGGGGUAAUUGGCCCAGGGGGAAGGUUCUUGGUGGUAGCAGUGUUCUCAAUGCCAUGCUCUAUGUCAGGGGCAAUCGGAGGGAUUACGAUCGGUGGAGGGAUGCUGGAAAUCCUGGGUGGGACUAUGAGACUGUUCUUCCGUAUUUCAAGAAAUCAGAGGAUAUUCGUGUUGACGAACUCAAGGGCUCAGAGUAUCAUGGACACCAUGGACCCCUUACCGUUGAGCACUUCAGAUAUCACUCUCCAGUUUCUCAAUAUUUUCUCGAAGCAGGAGAAGAGAUGGGUUACGAAAAACUGGACAUAAAUGGCCCUCGACAAUCAGGAUUCAGUCAGUCUUACGGAACCCUUCGAGAGGGUCUUCGCUGUAGUACAGCGAAGGCAUUCCUCCGACCAGCUUCCCGGAGGAAAAACCUCCACAUCCUGACCCACGCGAUGGUCGAGGAGAUUCUCAUAGGUGAGACAACCAAGACUGCGUAUGGCGUGAAAUUCAGACGAGGAAGAGGACGAAGAUACACGAUUUACGCGAAUCUAGAGGUGAUUCUGUCCGCUGGCUCUAUCCAGUCCCCCCAGCUCCUGAUGGUAUCAGGGGUUGGACCCAGGGACCACCUCGAGGAGGUUGGGAUCCAGGUGAUUCACGACUUGCCGGGCGUUGGGAGGAACUUGCAAGAUCACAUUGCCAUCGGGGGCAUGACUUUUCUCAUUGAUCCUCCCAGUCAGGAUGGCAGUCCCUACGGAUUCUCCUGUGUCCUCCCCAAACUUGUCACUCUGUAUUCCUUCAAGGAAUUCUUGGUCCAAAGGAGCGGACCUCUUCACAUCGUUCCUGUGUGCGAGGUCAUGGCCUUCGUUAACAGCAAAUACGCAAACGCCUCGGAAGACUACCCGGACAUCCAGUUAUUCCUGGCAUCGGCAGCUGACAAUACAGAUGGUGGUGUAUACGCAAUGCGUGCCACCGGUCUCCAGUCAAAAAUAUAUUCAGAAGUGUACGAGCCAAUACUCUACAAAGAGGCGUACUCAGCCCUUCCCCUGCUGCUGAGACCUCGCAGCAGAGGCUACAUCAAGCUGAAGACAUCCAGCCCCUACGACAAGCCAACAAUCGUGCCGAAUUAUCUGGACGACCCCCGAGACCUAGACGUGAUCAUCGAGGGGGCGAAAUUCGUCCACUCGAUGAGCCAGACUGAGGCCAUGAAGCGGUUAAAUGCCAGGAUGAAUCCCAAUGUCAUACCGGAGUGUUCAAAAUUUGAAUUCCUGUCUGAUGACUUCUGGAGGUGUCAGGCGAGGUCUUACACGAUGACGAUUUAUCAUCCCGUUGGUACGUGCAAAAUGGCACCUGCUGGUGAUCCAAUGGCUGUUGUUGAUGCCAGGUUGAGGGUCCAUGGUAUCACUGGUCUCAGAGUCGUCGAUGCCUCCAUCAUGCCGACUAUCGUCAAUGGAAAUACCAAUGCUCCGACCAUUAUGAUCGCCGAGAGAGCCGCCGAUAUGAUCAAAGAGGAUUGGCAAGAGUUGAAUUACUAAUAGUCAUCUCUUUGGAAUAAAAAUACCCGAGACUGGAAAAUUGUUGAUUCUAAUGAUCACGAUGACCGCGGCAAGCCGGUUUAACUGUCCGUAAUUGUUCAGUGGAAUUUAAUGGAAUUAGUUGAUUUUAUGGGAUUCUUCUUCCAUUGAGGACAAUUGUGGAUUGAGUAUUUAUCUCUCGUUAAACAAGUUUGUUAAUAGCACAGAUAAAUUUGUUGAUGUUAGGAUGAAUUUCCCAAGAUUUUUGAAAACUUAUUUUUAGUAAUUUAUUGCUGAUUGGAGGAAUUUUUUCCUGGUAUUAUAUAUGUAUAUCUUAUGGAAAGAUUUUACAUUCAAGAAAUGGAGAUUCAGGUCUCAAGAA